AUGGGCAAAAUCCAUUUAUUUGCCGCAAAAACAUUAUUGACGUCGGUGUUGGCAGUAGCAGUGUUUGUACACGAUCACUCGUUCAGUCUUGACAUUGGUGCUGCAUUGAUACUCAGUGUUGGAUUCAAUCUAGUUGCACUGCUACGCUUUCAUGCAAAAACACGCGAGUAUCGAAGAAGGUUUUUGAGAAAGACAUACGAACCUGAUAGCAAGACGCUUCUGGGCCUUUUUGUGUGUGAGGUGCUAUGCAUGCUCCCAUUAUACUACAUCUCUGGAUACUGGAAGAUAAUGCUUGUAAAUAUUGCCUGUGUGGAGAUGAUCAACAUAUUCCUGAUUUUCAACUCGCGAAGCAGACGAACCUUCCAGCUCGAGCAUAACAAGAAAGAGUUUUUCAAGAUUGGAUUUCUAAAGACCGAGCAUUGUGAAAGCGGAGACAUCUGUCUGAGCAGAGGCGAGGUCGUUCAGAUUCUUGAUUGUAACGGAGACAAGUCGUCGGUCAGAAAAUCAGAUGGAAGAAUUUUUAUAGUAGACAGCGUUCAUAUUGACGAUGGAAUUGAAAUUGUGCUGUAA